AUGUCCGCAAAGAAGAAGGAGCUUGUGUCCUCUGCCAUGAAGAGAACUAGUGAAUGGAUUUCUUCUCAAGAAAUUCCUAGUGACGUCUCUGUUCAUAUAAGAGAAACUUCGUUUUCACUCCACAAGUUUCCACUUGUGUCAAAAUGUGGGUUUAUAAAGAAACUUGCUUCCGAAUCAAGCAACAAUUCGAACGUUACCGUUAUCAAAUUCCCAGAUUUUCCCGGAGGUGCAGAAGCAUUUGAGCUAGCAAUCAAGUUCUGCUACGACAUAAACUUCGAGUUGAACAAAGAGAACAUUGCGAUGCUUAGAUGUGCAGCAGAGUAUCUAGAGAUGACUGAGGAACACUCUGUUGGAAACCUCGUCGAGACGACAGAGAUUUACUUAAACGAAGUGAUCCUCAAGAGCUUAUCGAAUUCGGUCAAAGUUCUGCGAAAAUGUGAGGAUUUGUUGCCUAUAGCUGAGAGAGUGAAGCUCGUGAGCCGGUGUAUAGAUUCAAUUGCUUACAUAACUUGUCAAGAGAGCCACAUUAAGCAGGCUAUAGUUGACUGGUGGGCAGAGGAUUUAGUUGUUUUAAGGACUGAUAUGUUUCGACGGGUCUUGAAUGCGAUGAUGGCUAGAGGGUUUAAGCGAUACGCGCUUGGUCCAGUUCUUAUGCUCUAUGCUCAAAAACCUCUUAGAGAGUUGGAGAUUUUUAGGAAAGGGACGAAGAAGAUGGAGGUGGAACAAGAACACGAGAAAAGGGUGAUUCUUGAAACGAUUGUAAGUCUUCUUCCGAGGGAGAGAAACGCAAUGCCAGUGAGCUUUCUUUCGAUGCUUUUAAGAGCUGCGAUAUACCUCGAAACAACGGUAGCUUGUAGGCUUGAUUUGGAGAAGAGAAUGGGAUUACAGUUAAGACAAGCCGUGCUUGAUGACCUCUUGAUGUUUGAUGUUGACACUUUUCAACGGAUCCUCAUGAACUAUCUUGAGUUUGAAGUUGAAGGAAACUCUGUUGAUUUUGCCAGUGAUAUCGGUGAAUUGAUGGAGACUUAUCUGGCUGAAAUCGCUUCUGAUAAAAACAUAAGUUCUGCGAAAUUCAUCGGUUUAGCUGAAUGCAUUCCUGAACAGUCUAGGAUUACUGAAGAUGGGAUCUAUCGAGCUAUCGACAUCUAUCUCAAGGCGCAUCCGAAUAUAAGUGAAGUGGAGAAGAAGAAAGUUUGCAGCUUAAUGGAUUGCCAAAAGCUAUCGCAAGAAGCCAGUGCUCACGCAGCUCAAAAUGAUCGUCUUCAUGUACAAACCAUAGUUCAAGUUCUUCACUACGAGCAACAAAGUCUUCGCCAAAUUUUAAGCGAUUCAGAUUCCCCAGCAGCCGCAACCACAUCAGAAAUUCUUCCUCCUCCUAAGUUCACCUACUACAACGACGAGCUCUCUCAAUUAAACCGUGAGAAUCAAGACUUGAAGCUAGAGUUGCUCAAAGUGAAAAUGAAGUUGAAGGAGUUUGAGAAGGAGAAAGCUUUUGAAGUCAUGAGUAGUUCGGAUUACUCUCUGGUUUCUACUGCUUCGGUAGUUAAGCCUCCGAGAAAGUCAUUUAUAAGCUCUGUUUCUCGAAAACUCGGAAAGCUUUACCCUUUUGGCAUGUCACAAGGACGAACCAAACCAUCAAAAGGCCGAAGACAUUCUAUAUCUUAG